UGGGGGUCCAGUGUGAUGGCAUGGAAGAACUGGGGGUUUGCCCUAUUCUGAGAAGAUGAGGGUUUAGACUAGCAGAUGCCAGAGCAUGCUGAGAAAAUCUGGGCCAACUUGAAUGGAGAGCAGCAUCCAGAGCUGCAUCCAGAAGUAGGAGGUGGGUUUAGAUUAGGCGUUUGAAUAUAAGGCCGGGACUGCCACCCAAUCCCCACCUUCAGCGGGGGCUGCUGAGGACCCCUUUCCCUAGACCCUGAGCAUUCAGAUAUGUGCGCCCCCCGCGUGGUAGCUAACUCCUCUCUAGCAGCAGUGUUCCGUGUUCCACGAAUGUCCCUCGCCACAAUGCCUGGCCUUGCGGCAUUCGGAGCCCCUCCCUCAGACCCUGCCAUGGCGUGGGCGCUGGUUCUGGCACUCUGCAAUCGGGCGCUGCCCCCCGCGGGCGCGCUGGACGCCAUGGGCCCUCACGCAGCAGUCCGCCUGUCGGAGCUGCUGACCCCGGAGGAGUGCGGCCACUUCCGAUCGCUCCUCGAGGCGCCCGAGCCCGACGUGGACGCCGAGUUGGCCCGGCUAUCUGAGGACUGGCUGGCGCGGCCCGAGCCGUCCACCCCCUCUCCUGGAGCGCAGGCUAUCAUGGGGCAACGGCGGCGGGCUGCAGUCACGCAGCCAUCGGAGGGACAGGAUGGCGUGCCAGCCGGGUCCAGGGAGGUGUCCGACGGUUGCCGCGAGGCGCUGGCGUCCUGGUUGGCCGCCGAAGCCCCGGUCCUGUCGUGGGACCGCGUGGCCCGGGCGCUACGGCGCAGCGGCCGCCCCGAUGUGGCGCGGGAGCUGGCUAAGAACCUCCACCAGCAGGCGACAUUGCAGCUGCGCAGGUCAGGCGCGAACUACGUGCAACCGCCCGUGGCCCCCGCUCCCACCCCGGCCCCGCGCGCCCGCCGCUCCGGGGUCCCCGCGCCCUCCUGGGACGAUUUAGAGCUGAUCGUGGAGCGCCUGCCGCAGCCCCCGUACACGCGAAGCCCAGCAGCCUGGAUCUGGCCGCUGGUGCUCGGCCUCCUCGUCGGCUUCGUGGGAGCGCUGGGCACCGGGGCGCUGAUCACCGUGCUCACGCUGUGGAUCACCGGCGGCGACGGCGAUCCCGCCCCGCGCGCUUCCUCCGGGCCCAGGCCGUCCCCAGCGCCACGCCGCUGGGAAGCAGAGCCGCUCCUGCCCCGAACCUGGGCGCCGCAGGGACCGUCCCUCCACGGCCCGCUGCUGUGAACAGCGAGCAGCGCGCCCCAUGGCGCCCCACCACUAUAAAGUUUCCAAAGGCAGUAGAGGGCGCAGUCUGUGACUGGAUGGAUGGAAAUGGGUGGCGCCGGGCCCAGGCAUCCCCAGGGGUUCCCCAGCGUUGGCCAGCGUCCGCCGGCCGAGCCAUGCUUUUGGAUACACUCUUGUAUCCAUUCCACGCCAGGAAGCUGCUCACCAUUCAUUCCUUAAGGGGAGCAGCCGCACUCUUGACUCCGGGGCUGCCUGGAGCUCGGGCCCUGCUGGAGCGUGCAGCACUCCAUCUUUUGGGCAAGGCCUCCUGAGGGCACAGUGGGAACAACCCUGGCACUUCCCCACCCACCACCAAGGGAUGAGCGAAGAUUGGAGAACCUGUAGCCAGGCAGGCCCAGGGGAAGGGGCUUGGGGCAAAAGCCAUGACAGAAGGACAGGCCAGUCCAAGAGGAGAGUUGAAAACAAGAUUGACGUAACCCUUUAUU